AUGAUGAGCCAACUUAAGGUCCAGAUCGUCGGCCCUUCUCUCAGUCGACUCUGUAUCAGUCAUGUGCUAAUGUGUCUACCCGAUGCAAGGCUCAGGCCACAAUGGGCCUGUACUACCGUGCCUCGGCAUUCGAACACCGCGAAAGAACAGCCUCCUUGUGGAUGA